ACGGCCCCAGGUGCGAGAGCGAGGGGGCGGGAGUCCACCCCGCGCCUCCUUCCUCUGCCGAGCUCCCCACCUCUGUAAGAGCCGCGCGGGCCGCCCCCGGCUCCAUUUUCUCGCGGCGGCCACACCUGUAGCCGCGCCUUUGGGUUGGGCAGGGCCGGGCCGCGCGGCCGCAGCGGGGAAGCCGGGCCGCCGGGGCGGGCUGGGCCGAGGCCGGGAGGAGUCGAGUGCGCGCUAGGGGCCGGCGGCGGCGGGAGGCGGAGGCGAGGGCGCGAUGGCGCAGAGCCCGGGAGGCCUGUGUGUCCUGCUGCUUCUCCUGAUCUGCUUUAACGUUGGAAGUGGACUUCACUUACAGGUCUUAAACACAAGAAAUGGAAAUAAUCUGCUUCCUAAACAUCCUCAUUUAGCGCGACAAAAGCGCGCCUGGAUCACCGCCCCCGUGGCUCUUCGGGAGGGAGAGGACCUGUCCAAAAAGAAUCCAAUUGCCAAGAUACACUCUGAUCUUGCAGAAGAAGGAGGACUAAAAAUUACUUACAAAUACACUGGAAAAGGGAUUACAGAGCCACCGUUUGGUAUAUUUGUCUUUAAUAAAGACACUGGAGAACUGAAUGUUACCAGCAUUCUUGAUCGAGAAGAAACACCAUUUUUUCUGCUAACAGGUUAUGCUUUAAAUGAAAGAGGAGUCGAUAUAGAGAAACCCUUAGACCUACGCAUUAAGGUUCUUGAUAUCAAUGACAACGAACCAGUGUUCACACAGGAUGUCUUCUUUGGGUCUGUUGAAGAGCUAAGUGUGGCAAACACACUUGUGAUGAAAAUCAACGCAACAGAUGCAGAUGAGCCCAAUACCCUGAAUUCUAAAAUUUCCUAUAGAAUUGUAUCUCUGGAGCCUGCUUAUCCUCCAGUGUUCUACCUAAAUAAAGAUACAGGAGAGAUUUAUACGACCAGUGUUACCUUGGACAGAGAGGAACACAGCAGCUACACCUUGACGGUGGAAGCAAGAGAUGGCAAUGGAGAAGUCACAGACAAACCUGUGAAACAAGCUCAAGUUCAGAUUCGUAUUUUGGAUGUCAAUGAUAAUAUACCUGUAGUGGAAAAUAAAAUGCUUGAAGGGAUAGUUGAAGAAAAUCAAGUCAAUGUAGAAGUUAUACGCAUAAAAGUGUUUGAUGCAGAUGAAAUAGGUUCUGAUAAUUGGUUAGCAAAUUUUACAUUUGCAUCAGGAAAUGAAGGAGGUUAUUUCCACAUAGAAACAGAUGCUCAAACUAAUGAAGGAAUUGUGACCCUUAUUAAGGAAGUAGAUUAUGAAGAAAUGAAGAAUCUUGACUUCAGUAUUAUUGUCACUAAUAAAGCUGCUUUUCACAAGUCAAUUAGGAGUAAAUACAAGCCUACAUCCAUUCCCAUCAAGGUCAAAGUGAAAAAUGUGAAAGAAGGCAUUCAUUUUAAAAGCAACGUCAUCACAAUUUAUGCUAGUGAGAGCAUGGAAAGGUCAAGCAAAGGCCAAGUAAUUGGAAAAUUUCAAGCUUUUGAUGAGGACACUGGACUACUAGCCCGUGCAAGAUAUGUAAAAUUGGAAGAUAGAGAUAAUUGGAUUUCUCUGGAUUCUGUAACAUCUGAAAUUAAACUUGCAAAAAUUCCCGAUUUUGAAUCUAGAUAUGUCCAAAAUGGCACAUACACUAUAAAAAUUUUGGCUAUAUCAGAAGAUGAUCUUAGAAAAACCAUCACUGGCACCAUCCGUAUCGCCGUUGAAGACACCAACGACAACUGUCCCACACUGACAGAACCCACGCAGACAGUCUGUAACGGCGCGCAGUAUGUGAACGUCACUGCAGAGGACCUGGAUGGAUAUCCAAACAGUGGCCCUUUCAGGUUCUCUGUCAUUGACAAACCACCUGGAAUGGCAGAAAAAUGGAAAAUAGUACGCCAAGAAAGUACCAGUGUGCUGCUGCAGCAAAGCGAGAAAAAGCUUGGGAGAAGUGAAAUUCAGUUCCUGAUUUCAGACAAUCAGGGUUUCAGUUGCCCUGAAAAGCAGAUCCUUACACUCACGGUUUGUGAGUGUCUGCAUGGCAGUGGCUGUGUGGGAGCGCACCGUGACUCCUAUGUGGGCCUGGGACCUGCAGCAAUUGCGCUCAUGAUUUUGGCCUUUCUGCUUCUGCUGUUGGUACCACUUUUACUGCUGAUGUGCCAUUGCGGAAAGGGUGCCAAAGGCUUUACCCCCAUACCUGGCACCAUAGAGAUGCUGCAUCCUUGGAAUAAUGAAGGAGCGCCACCUGAAGACAAGGUGGUGCCAUCAUUUCUGCCGGUGGAUCAAAGGGACGGUCUAGCAGGAAGAAAUGGAGUAGGAGGUAUGGCCAAGGAAGCUGCCGUGAAAGAAAGUAGCUCUGGUUCCUUUGCCAAAGAGCAGCGUGAGAUGUCUGAGCUGGAUGGAAGGUGGGAAGAACACAGAAGCCUGCUUUCUGUUAGAGCUACCCAGGCUACAGGGACCACAGGGGCUAUCAUAAGCAAGGAAACCAUGAAGAACACAAGAGCCACAGGGGCUUCCAGAGACGUGGCUGGAGCUCAGACAGCUGCUGUUGCACUGAAUGAAGAAUUCUUAAGAAAUUAUUUCACUGAUAAAGCGGCCUCUUACACUGAGGAAGAUGAAAAUCACAUAGCCAAAGAUUGCCUUCUGGUUUAUUCUCAGGAAGAAACUGAAUCUCUGAAUGCUUCUAUUGGCUGUUGCAGUUUUAUUGAAGGAGAGCUAGAUGACCACUUCUUAGAUGACUUGGGACUUAAAUUCAAGACGCUAGCUGAAGUUUGCCUGGGUCAAAAAAUAGAUAUGGAAAUUGAGCAGAGGCAAAAACCUGCCACAGAAGCAGGUAUGAACACAGCUUCACGUUCACUCUAUGAGCAAACUAUGGUUAAUUCAGAGAAUACCUCCUCUGGCAGUAGCUUCCCGGUUCCAAAAUCUUUGCAAGAAACAAAUGCAGAGAAAGUAACUCAGGGAAUAGUCACUGAAAGAUCCGUGUCUUCUAGGCAGGCUCAAAAGGUAGCUACACCUCUUCCUGACCCAGUGGCUUCUGGUAAUAUGAUGGCAACAGAAGCUUCCUAUGCCACAGGUUCCACUAUGCCACCAAGCACUGUGAACCUGGGUCCUAGACAGCCACAGAGCCUUAUUGUGACAGAGAGGGUAUAUGCUCCAGCUUCUACUUUGGUAGAUCAGCCUUAUGCUAAUGAAGGUACAGUUGUGGUUACUGAAAGAGUAAUACAGCCUCAUGGGGGUGGAUUGAAUCCUCUGGAAGGCACCCAGCAUCUGCAAGAUGCACAUUAUGUCAUGGUGAGGGAAAGAGAGAGCUUCCUUGCCCCCAGCUCAGGUGUGCAGCCGACUCUGGCCAUGCCUAAUUUAGCAGUGGGACAGAAUGUGACAGUGACAGAAAGAGUUCUAGCACCUGCUUCCACUCUGCAAUCCAGUUAUCUGAUUCCCACUGAAAACUCUAUGAGGGUUAGGAACACCAUGGUGUCUGGAGCUGGAGUCCCUGGCCCCCUGCCAGAUUUUGGUUUAAAGGAAUCUGGUCACUCUAAUUCUACCAUAACCACAUCUUCCACCAGAGUCACCAAACAUAGCACUGUACAGCAUUCUUACUCCUAAACAGCAGUCAGCCGCAAACUGACCCAGAGUUUAAUUAGCAGUGACUAAUUUCAUGUUUCCAGUAUACCUGAUUUUUCAUGAGCUUACAGACACAGAUACACAUACACAUUGAGCCUUAGAUUUUUCUUAGUCGCUGAGAUACAAAAGACCACACUGCCUCUGCUUCCAGGAGUGUAUUUUAGAAAUGCUCCAUGAUUUACUGAGGACAUAGAGAUGAUGCUGCUUCUUAGGUGCCUUUAGUGAGCUAUGCAGGGAAUCCUGACAAAGCAAGAUACAGUCAAUCUGGCUUCUGAGAACUUACCAAAUUAACAGAGUGUACAGUUCAUCCUCCGUCCAGUAAAGCAACCCAGGAAACUGAUUGGGUCUCUUUGCCUACCAUAUUAACAUUUAACAUUGAUGUUCCGUAUUCUGUACUUUAUUGCAUGUAGCAGAUUUUCAACACCUCAUUGAUCCAAAGAUAUAUGCACAGUCUGGGCACCAGUUUUGGUUUUCCUUAAGACUUGAACCCUUUUCAUCUGUGUGUGAUUCAUUAAAUUUUAGAACACUGAUGAUAAGAAUACACAUUGUUAUGUUUCUGUGUACAUGACUCUGUGUGUGUGUGUGCACAUACAUACUGUAUAGUCUUAAAAAUAGCAUUAUACCUCUUGUCUCAACUGCCAUGAAAAUGUUGAAUACUCCAAAUUCAGUUGAAUAAUCCAAAGCAAAAUUUUUAAAUAUAAAAUAAUUUUACUUUUUAUAGUAAUCGUAUACAUUUAAAAAACAACCUCAGGAUAGAUUAUCUUCUAAACAGCUGCAAUUUAGUGCAGCUGCAUUAACCAGCCAUGUUUUCUAGUUGUGGUAGGAACCAUUCACUGCUGUGUAUCCUCAGUGCCUAACAUGGGUGCCAAAUAACUGUAGAAUUACACUGAAUUGUACAAACCAUUCUUUUUUGUUUACAAUUGCCAAAAAUCUCAAAAGGUCCUAUAUUUCUGUAAUUCUGUCUUUGAAAUUAUGAUUUUAUUUUGAUCUCUCAGUUGUUGACUGGCCGGGUGUGACUUAGUACGUAAGUACUCAAUAUUAUAUUAUAAAAACCUCAGAUAAUUGACUUGAUUUUGCACAACAUCCUUGCCUUUCUUUUCUACAAGUUAAUUUUUUUACAAAUUAUGUGGGCUGCCUCGCUCCUAAAUAGGUGAUUAUUGCUCCUAGAAAUAAUAAUAUUUCAAUAUAUAUGUGCAUUAUCCGUAAUAAUUUAUAUAAAUAUUUCCCGCAACGCAAUAAUUUUCAUAAUUUUCAAAGACUAAUUUCUGGACUGAAGAUAUUUUGCUAGGGAAGUGACUUUAAAAUUUUGCAGACUUUAAAAAAAUUGUUGAAUGGUGUUAUGCAAAGUAUUUAUACAGUGUGCUCCCACUAACUGUGCAUAGAUCAGGGCACAUAUUUUUAGAGAUCUACGUCUAUAGCUUAAAUGGAAGUUACGCUUCCAUGAUCUAGAAUUGUUUACUCUCUUUCUAGUAAUUGUUGUUUCUUUUAUUAGUAUUAUUGUAGACUUACUAACAGUUUGAUUUUGCCAGAUAUGCAACAGGAAUAUCACUAGUAUGUGAAAAUGUAAAUAUCACCCACAGACUCAAAACAAACAAAAGUUGGUCUUAAGCUUCCUCCUUGAACAGCCUCAGAAACCUAACCUGCCCUUUGUAGCAUAAUCACGUUUUCUAAAUGAUUUUCUUUGUUCCUGAAAAAGUGAUUUGUAUUAGUUUUACAUUUGUUUUUUGGGGAGAGAUUAUAUGUGUAUGUGUGUCAUAAAAUAUUUAAAUAAAAAAACUACCUUUAGAGUGACCCUUUCCCUAUGUGUUUUUAUUUCUCUAUUAUAUUUUACAAGGAAUAAAGCUCAGUUGUUAGGGAGAGUGCCCUAAAGGCAGGUAUUUCUUGGACUUUGGUAUUUAAUUAUAUCUGCUUGAAAUAAAAAAAGUUAUC